AUGAGCAAAACAAAGGCCACCACCCCUCCCGCCCCGGUGUCGACUUCGAAUCAAAAUGUCGAGAGCCCAGCCAUGCGAUCGCACCUUAGCAAUGGAUCCUCUGGGCCCAACCCUGUCCGAGCCAAUCGUGGCCGCGCUAAUGGCUACUCGAAUGGACCCGACCGACGAGACUAUGCCUCCGCCGCUUCAGCCAGCAGAAAUGGGCGUGGAAAAUGGAAUGCCCAAGGAUCAUCACCCCGCGUGAACAGCCCCACGCCAAACGACUCUCGAAACGCCUUGUCGACAUCGUCGAGUACAUCCGAAAUCAUCAGCGAGGACCACUCCAGACUGCUCUUUGUGUUGAUGAACAUGACUGGAAUGAAAGUUGAGGUCGUCACCCGGUGCGGCACAACGUACGAGGGCAUCCUGCACGGCGCCAACACAUCGGGCGACUUUGGCGUCGUUCUGAAGAUGGCCCGCCUGCACGCUCCCAAUCUUGUCCCCGGCAAGACCAACACCAACCCUUUGAUCAAGGAGCUUAUUAUUCCGCCCAAGGACUUUUUGUCCAUGUCCGCCCUUGCUGUCGAGACCACCACUACCGAUAAGCUGAACGAGUCCGAUACCUUCCGGACUGACACCGGCAUCAGUGGCUUUGCCGGCGAUCUCCGCGAGCGCGAGCUGACUCGGUGGUCCGCCGAGACCGGCGACGCCGCUCUUGAGGGUCUCGAAGACAGCCUGGCUCUCUCCAACGGCAUGGGCGCCUGGGAUCAGUUUGCUGCCAACGAGAAGCUCUUUGGCGUCACCACCGACUUUGAAAUGGACAUGUAUACCACGGCCCUGGACCGAAAUGCUCCCGGAUUUGACCUCAAGGAAGCACAUGCUGCCCGGAUCGCCAAUGAGAUCGAGAAGGCUCUGCUGACGAGCGCCCGGAUCCUUGAAUCCUUGAAACUUUGUCGUGCCUCACGUCGCGGUAUCCAGAGCACCAGUUCCAACAUCCAUGUGCAAGAGGAGCGUGGCCAGACGGCCGAAAGCGUCACCGCCGACGAGGAGGAGCGAUUCUCGAGUGUCCAUCGCUCGACGGAGCUCGUUCGUCAGCCCGGAAAGUAUGUGCCUCCCGACGUUCGUCAGAAGCACAAUCUGCAUGCAGGUGGGCUGCGACCUCCUGCCUCGAAGGACAAGCCCCUGGCCGAAUCGUCGGGCUCAGCCGCUGCUGCUACCGAAGGCAAGAGCACACCUGCUUCCUCGAGUCCCGCCGGCCUGCCCAAGCCCAGGGACGUGUCCGAGCUCAAAGAUGCGCCUCCCUUGCUGGCGACAAAGAUCUCGAUCGAGCAAAUGGGCAAAGGCUACCUUCCUCCGACCGAGGCAAUCAUUCUCAAAGACUUUAAGGAGUUUGCCAACCGAGAAAAACAGCAACUGUUGAUGAAGAAGCAGAUGCUGAAUAAGAAGGAAAAGGAUGGCAUCAUCCAGGAGUUCAAGGUCUUCAGCGCCAACUUCAAGCUCAACUCACCUGUUCCCAAAGAUCUGGUGGAAAUCUUGAACAAGGACAAGGAGAAGGAGAAGGAUGAGGAUGAGCACAAGGAUAAGAGCGAUGAGCCAGCGAAAGUCGAGAAGGACGCUGCCAAAGCCCCGGCUGAGGCUGUCAAGGCUGCCAAGCUGUCAGCUUCGGCCUCGCCGUCUAGCUCUGCCUCCAAGAAGAAGUCGUCUCUCUCUGAAAAGUCCACGAGUCCCACCGUCACGUUGCCUCAGAAGGCUCUGUCGGUCUCCGGAGACGCCAGCGAGCGCAAGCCCGUCUCGAGCAGCGACUCGACCUCGGCCGCUGAGAGUGCCAGCCCAGAGACUCCAGCCCCUGCCGUCGCCGCUGCUGCUGCUGCUGCUGCUGCUGCCUCAAGCUCGGCCGGAGCCAAUGCACUCAAGGCCAAGGGUUUCAAGUUCAACGUCUCAGCUCUCGAGUUCACUCCAAGCGCUCCGUCCGAACCAAACCCGGUCGCUUCCUCUCCUCCCACAUCAGAAGUGUCUGCCACCCACAAUGAGAAGCACUCGUAUGAGCCCCGUCCAAAGAACUUUUCCAAAUCCAAGUACAACAACAAAGGUGGAUCUCACUACAACAAGGGCCACAAUGCCGUGCCCGCCCCUACUUACGACCCUGACUCAGGUGCGGUGAUGUAUCCUCCGCCUGGCGACUAUGGGUACUAUGCCAUGAAUCCCUACUAUCGACCUAUGAUGCACCCGCGUCCUCCGUUUGUGCCCGGCAUGACACCGCCAAUUACGGGAGCUCCCCCUGGACCCGCUGUUCCUGCGUAUCUUCCGUACUUUGCUCCGAUUCCCCCCGGAGCGCCGUAUCCGCCUGGGAUGAUGCCCAACCCGCCAAACAUGAUCCGAUAUCCCAAGGGCGCACCGGCGCACACCAACCCGGGCAUGGGCGCGUACAUCCCCGAGAUGGUGGGCCAGUUCCCGCAGCCACCGCCGCAAAUGAUGAUGCCCCCUCCGAAUGGCUGGAUUCCCGGGCCCGGACCCGACCCCGCGCACUCUGCUGGCGCCCACAUGCAUCCGCAUCACGCCGGCGGGCCACAUCACGGCCAGCACCAGCCCUACCCGCCCAACGGUGCCUCCCAUCCUCCUCCUCCGCCUCUCUCUCAGCAGGGCGACGAGAUGUCUGUGGCCAACUCGGAGCACGCCCAGUCAGCCGAAAGCGUUACAUCCAACACCGGACGACCGGGCGAAUCCUCGUAA